UUUGGUGUUCAAGAUUCUGUAUGCCGAAAAAAAUCAAUCCUGGUCUUAUAUUACUGUGGUGUAAACUUAAUUUAAUCUAACCCAAAGACUUUAGUUUUCGAGUUAUUUUUGGAUUAUUGUUGCACCGCUUAAUAACCGAAAAUUGUCGUGUACUGUAUGUCCGCCUCCUGGAGCGUUUUAGUCCUUUGUGAUUAUUUAUUGACGCCAUUUUGUUUGUUUGAUGACCGUAGGCUAGUGGAUUUUUUGAAAGUCAAGAACGCUUGAGGCGUCAAUGAAGAAAAAUGGGUAGCAGUCAGCAGUUCUCACUCAGGUGGAAUAAUUACCUGAACCACAUAACUGGUGCCUUUGACACAUUGAGAAAUGAUGAUGAGUUGGUGGACGUAACACUGAGCUGUGAAGGCAAGCGCAUUAAGGCUCACAAGAUGUUGCUGUCUGUCUGCAGUACUUAUUUUAGAGAUCUGUUCAAGGAAAAUCCUUGCCAACAUCCUGUGAUAAUUUUUCGCAAUGUCAAAUUUGAAGACCUGGUGGCUCUGAUAGACUUCAUGUACCAUGGAGAGGUGAAUGUGAUGCAGGAGCAGCUCACUUCCUUUCUGACAACAGCAGAACUGUUGGCAGUGCAGGGCCUCUCUGAGGAUAAGGGCAAGGAAAAGGAGAGGGACAGUAGUCCACUGCCAGAGAGUGAGGUGGACUUGACGGACUCUCCUCCACCACCGCCGCCACCACCACCAGUUCAUGAGACUGAAGCCUCUGUCAGUAACAGUAGCCAUAUUGGGCUCUUGCGACACAACAGGCAGCGUACGUCGUCCCCGCGAAGUCCCCCUCAGGCUCCGGCCUUUUUUCCCACCACCUCUAAUAUAGAACGGCGCCCGGAGUCACCACCUAAUAAACGCCGCCGUUGGUCAUCUACUCAGCAGCCAAUUGCAAAACCUGCUGCAGUGUCUGUGACCAGUAGGAAAUGUGACGAUGAGGGAAGUGGUUCCCCACCACCACCACCUUCUCCAGCCAGAAGGCCAGUUACGGAUCAGACCCCAGACACCACUGAAAUUGUGCCACCUACGCCAAACCCUCCCGUCAAAAUGGAAAUGCCCGAUUAUGUUGAUGAAUCUCGGACUCGUGCUGAUCAGGGUCAGAUGCCCAGUGGAACAGCUGUUGAAAAUGACUCUCUUGCGAGCAUGGCACAACUUGUUGCUGCAAAAACUGAGGGUGCUUCAUCACCGACACAAGGAGUGAGUUCGGCUCCGCCAGAUUUGUCAGAUCUUUACGGAGGGAGCUCGCGGGAUGCAGGGGCCACUUCGGACAGCUUGUCUGCUGUUGAACUGUCCCAGAUCCUUGCGAAACCGGGACCGUCGGGAGAAAGCCAGAGCCAAGAUUCUCUGCAGGACCAGACCACGUGGGAGACAUCCCUGUCAGGGGUCAGGGCACUUCAGCCACAUCACCGCUGCCACGAAUGUGGGAAACUGUUCGUGCACGAAAAUUCACUGCGUCAGCACAGGUUAUGGCACCAGGGAAGAACCGUGUGUCCAGUGUGCAUGCGUGUUUUCAAUCGCAUGUAUGCUAUGAGGUGUCACAUGGCAAGAGUGCACCUGGCAUGAAAGCAAUAUACUGCUGUAAUUUCUCAUUUUGUGACCUUGAAAAACAGAAAUAUGAAGCUACAUUUUUAUCCAUAUUUAUUUUUUUAAAGAGAGUGUGGAAGCUUUAGCUACAAGCCAGCUGUUGACUGGAAUUUUAUGGCACAUUUCACAGAAUCCCUUGUUCUUGUGGUAGUAAAAUAUAAUCACAAUCAUGUUUUUGCGAUUCCCACGAAGGAAUUAGAACAUAUAUCUAUGUGUAGUAAGAUCUAUAUGGUUUGAAAAUGACCUUUUCUUUUGACUGCCUUUAAUAAUUCAAUCAGUAGAAUACUGGAUUAUUUAAACAAAGAAUUUAUUUUUCUGGCUUAAUGAAGACAUCUUUGCAUACAAGACGGGACAAAAUGUGGUUCGCAAUUUCAAAAUUAUCCAUCUAUUAGGUAAUACAUUGCAACAAAAUUGAUAAGAAGGAAGGAAGAUUAAGGUUUAAUGUCAUGUCAACAAUGAAAACAUUAGAGACAGAGCAUAAUGUCAGGUUAGGGACUUCCUGGAAAGGAAUCUUCUCGGCAUUGGGUUAAAACAGUUUACGAAAAUACUGUAUACUUUCAAUAUCCCCUGCUAGUCCUGUUUGGUAUGGGUCCCUCAUACUUCAGCAGUAUUCUAGAACCGGUCACAUGAGUGAUUUGUAAGCUAUCUCCUUUGUAGAGUGAGUUCACUUCCUGGCUAUUCUACCAAUAAACUGAAGUCUACCACCUGCCUCACUCAUGACUGAACGUAAGUGAUCAUUACAUUUCGUAUCCGUACAAAGUGGUACACCCAGGUAUUUGUAUGAAUUGGCCAGUUCCAACAGUGACUCAUUGAUAUUAUAGUCAUAGGUUACUACAUUUUCUCGUUUUGUGAAGUGCGCAAUUUUACAUUUCUGAACAUGUGAAACAAGUUGCCAAUCUUUGCACUACUUUGAAAUCUUAUCAAGAUCAGACUGAAUAUUUAUGUAGCGUCUUUCAGUAGUACUUCAUUACAGGUAACUGUGUCAUCUGAAAAAACCUGAUCCCUGAUGUUACUGUUAAUAUUGUCUGCAAGAUCAUUAAUAUACAACAUGAACAGCUAGGGUCCCAACACAUUUUCCAGGGGCACACUUGAAGUUACUUCUACAUCUGACGGUGACUCUCCAUCCAAAAUAACGUGGUGCAUCCUUCCUACCAAAAAGCCCUCAGUCCAGGCACAAAUUUCACUUGAUGCCUCUUAUGAUCACACUUUUGACAAUAAGCGUAGUUGUACUGAGUCAAAUGCGUUUCGUAAAUCAAGAAAUACUGCAUCUACCUGAUUCCCUUGAUCCAAAGCUUUGUCAUGUGAGAAAAGUGUGAGUUGGAUUUCACAUGAUUGACGUUUUCGAAAUCUAUGAUGACUGGCAUUGAGGAGGUCAUUCUGUUCAAGACACCUCAUUGUGUCUGAGCUCAGAAUAUGUUCUAAGACUCUACAUGAAAUCAUGUCAAGAAUAUUGGAUGGCAGUUUUGUGGAUCACUUCUACCAUCCUUCUUGUAGAGGGGUGUGUCCUGUGCUUUUUUCAAGAACUGGGCAUCGUUUUUUGUGUGAGGGAUCUAUGAUAGGUUAUAGUUAGAAGAGGGACUAACUCAGCUGAAAAUUAGUAUAGAAUGUGAUAGGGAUUCCAUCGGCCGUGGAGCUUUUUUCAGUUUUGAUGAUUUCAACUGUUUCUCAAUCCCACUGACACUACUACUGAUUUCAUUCAUUUAUUUCACUGGUACGACAAUUAAAGGGGCAAUUCUCCUUUGUAAAGGGACAUUUGAAAACAAAGUUAAGCAUUUCAGCUUUUGAUUUGCUGCCCUCAAUUUCAGUUCCUUUCCUAUUCUUUAGGGACUGGACACUAACUUUGAUAUUACUAACAGCCUUGACAUACAAGCAGAAUUUCUUUGGGUUCUGUGAAAGAUCACUUGACCAUAUUCUGCUAUGAUAGUCAUUGAAGGCAUCACGCAUUGCUCUCUUGACAGCCAAACGUGUUUCAUUCAGCAUCUCUCUAUCUAUAGCCCUACACUUUGUUUUACACCUAUUAUGCAGUAAUCUCUGUUCCUUUAGAAGUCCCUUUACAGUGAUUUUAUACCAUGGAGGUUCCCUCCCAUUAUGAACUGUUCUACUGGGUACAUACCUAUCAAGUGCAUAGUAAACCGAUGAUGCAGUAUCUUACCAUGUUAAACUUAAGAUUGAUUGAUGUCAAGUGGUAUAAGAAAGAGGAGGGGAGAGAGGCCUUUUGCAAUUAAGAGAUUCCUACCUCUGGUUUGUUUUUCAUCACUUAGCACUUAUAAAGGUGCCUCAUCAUGUAAGCAUCUUGUGUAGUGAGAUGCAAAGUGAUAUUCAGUGUUGAAAAUGGUCCACCUUACCUCAAAUGUGCUGUUUUUGAUAUAAUUAAGAAAAACCUCAUACCAGCGCAGAAAACUAUGCAGUUGCUUUUAUACUGACUUAUAAGGAAACUGUCAAUCUGUAACUCUUCGUGAGUUUGCUGUACUUACUGUGAUUAAUUCAAUGCAGUCAUUAUGUUUUACAGUUAAGGGAUGAAUUCAAAAUAACAAGGUGCCUUCCAGAGUAUUACAAAUCAGUAACUUAAAAGACAUUUAUGGUAAUGUGACACUGUACAGGGUAAGAAGGAAAUAACUGCGAAUGAGGAACAGAAUUUUCAAUAACUAGCUGAAAUUUCAAACUGCGCAACAAAAGACAAAAAUAGUUAACACUUUCUUUUUUGAAGUGGUGUUGUGUCUUCUCAGCCAGUUAUAGCAGGUGCGUGCGUGUGCGUGUGUGUGUGUGUGUGUGUGUGUGUGUGUGUGUGUGUGUGUGUGUUUUCUAUAUUUUUGUUUACAUAUGUAUAAGUCAUUGUGACACCAGUGAAAUUUAAUUGUAUAAGACUGUUCUUGAGAGAAUGUACUAGUCUGGUGACAUAAUUGUGGAAUUUAUUCAUGCCUCUCUUAACUUAAUUCUGUAGCCAUCUGAAGUUUGCUAAAUACGUGCUGCUGAUCUCUUACAAGGGGAGGCCGCCAAUUGUGAAAUUCAGAUUUGAUUCAUACUGCGCAUAAUAAAAGCUCAUGGCCAGAUGUGUAAUGUGGCAAAGCACCAAGGUGCACUUCUCAGCCAUUGUCGAGAAAAUCGACAGUUAAAAGAAACAGUUGCGGUGAAAUACACUCAACGAUUAAUAAUUUUCCACAGCGUCGUGGUGCAGCAGUAAGCGCUCGGGUUUGUAAUCCGCAGGUCGCUGGAUCGAAUCUCGCACCAUGCAACUUUUUUUUUAGUAUUGGUUUUUUGUAAUUCAGGUGUGUGUGUGUGUGUGUGUGUGUGUGUGUGUGUGUAUUAUUUUUUUUAUUUUUUAUUUUUUCCCUGGCAAUCAGUUGCAACAAUUAUGCAUAUAAGAAGUUGUUGAAAGUCGUUUGUUGUGGAAAAACUGGCGACUUCGAACAUCAUUAUGUUUUCUGCAAACAAAGUUGUAUUUCACAAAUGUUAUUAAUUGUCUUCAUAAUGUUAACCACAUAUAGUUAACGGAAGACAUAGAAACGAUAUUCCGAAACGAAUACGUAUAACGUAAGUCAAACGUUCGAAUUAGAAAUGAGACCCCACGUUACUCGCUCGUUACACUUGAAGGACAGAUGUUGAAUGGGCCGAAACGUUCCGCCACAUAACAGCGUAGUUGCCUGCUAACUUCGAAAGAAGGUAGAUGCGGUCCCUAGCGCAACUUAUAACAUCGUCGAAAAUCAGUUCGGACAGGAGAGCUUUGGUACACCCUGUUAAAAAAACGGAAAAAUGGAGGCGGUACAAUUGGAGAGCGAGCCGCCUUCACCAACAUGCAUAAGCAAUUCACUAAUAGUUUGUAUAUAUUUGAAUUACAAAAAACUAACAAUAAAAAAAAUUGCAUGGCGCGAGAUUCGAUCCGGCGACCUUCGGAUUACGAAUCCGAGCGCUUACCGCUGCGCCACGACGCUGUAGAAAACUAUUAAUCGUAGAGAGUAUUUCAGCGCAACGGUUUCUUUUAAUUAUUUUCUCGACAAUGGGUGAAAAGUGCAUCUUGCUGCUUUGCCACAUUACACCUCUGGCCAUGAGCUUUUAUUAUGCGCAGUAUGAAUCGAAUCUGAAUUUCACAAUUGGCGGCCUCCCCUUGUUAGUAUAUAAGAUCUUAGUUAUUGCUCAGUACCCAAUUAAUCAGCAUUGUGCAAAACUCAAAUGUUAUUGCCAGGCUUUCUCGUGGCCAAGCACCAGUUGUU